CUCGAACGGUAAAGGUUUCAGGUUUAUUACUUAUAUCGCCAUGCUCGUGUGUCCCUCUGCUCCAUCGCCAUGUCCGUCUACCCAUACAACCCAUACAAGUCCGAAGACACUUCUUCGCCUUCCUCGUCUAUUCCCGACUACCCAGACUCCGUCCAGCCCGUCUACUACCCCCAGGACAUCUAUCCGUACAACCCCGGCCCACUCUACCCGGAUCCAUCCACCCAGUCCCUGCAGUACCCAAAUGUCCACAAUGACUUUGUUCCCACAGUCCCCGCCGACCAAUACAGACAGCUGAGCACAGACAUCCUCAACCCCUUCCACCACUUCCACGAUCCCCAGGUCCUUUUCCCCACUCCAAGCGAACUUCUUGGUGGCAUCAGCUCUCACCAGCAUACCCAGUUGCAGCAGCAGCCCGACGACCACCUAGAGCACAAUGACUGGCCCGACCCUGCUAACGCGGCUGUUCGCCGUAAACGACAGGGUCCCGACCAGAGCGAGCGCAAGUCAGAGUCUCAGCGCAAGACCCGCCAACGUGCCAUGGCUGAGGAGCUUGGCUUCACUGCCACUGAUCCCGACACUAUCUCUUCUCAUGAUAAAAAGAGGCACUACCUCGAAUGUCUCGAACACUACGUCAUGUAUUUGCACGAACAGCUGAGGCUCGUUGGUACAGAGCCUUUCGCUUUCGAGCGCGUCUCUUCCUACCGCGGCCUAGGCAGCAGGUCCAUCAGGACUCUUCUCGUACACAUGCAAAACAACGUCAAAGCACUCCAUCUCCAGACCCUCGAUCAGGAACGCGUCUUUCUCGAUUUGAGCGGUCAGGUCAUUGCCUCCGGUCUGGCUGAACCGGACGGCAUACAGCCCGCUUGGGAGGGACACGCCCAGAGUAAUGACACCAUACCUGGACCUGAGACGAUGCUCGGGCAUGGCGGGUUCCACUCGCAAGUCACCGGACAUGGUGAGCAGGGCGCGUAUACGCUUCAAGGACCCUCGAUGAAUGCACCGAUCGCUGCACCGGGAGCGUCUGGGUCGUACCUUCUUCCUUGAUCUAGGUUUUCUCGCAAGCGAGCGAGAACAUGGGGUUGACACAAGUGUGCCCAUGACACAUGGGCUUGUGCUGUAUUUCAUGUGUGUUUAUAAUUACAAGUUGCAUAUUUGGACAUCGUAGAUCUUGGCGAACAUAUUUCUGAUUGGUGGGACCGUGCUGCAUGUAUCACGAUCUCAUGUU